AGCCGCCGCUAACGAAAACGGCCAGUACCGAACAGGACGCUCUUAAUGAGGCAGCCAGUAACCUGCAGGCCGCCAGUAUUGAGCAACUAGUAGCCUGGAGGCGGCCGUGAUCGCGGCAGUCCUACCCCGAAGGCCGCCAUUAAUGAGGCAGUCAUUCAGUACCGGGAGAUGCAGCGCCGGUUGGAGACCUGGGAUUUAAGGAAUUUCCGUGGGUGAUAAUGAUGGAGAGGACAAGGCGCACGAUCCGGCUUUGAAUAGAAAGUCAAGCCUCAAAGAGAGGGACGUUACUUCUAUGCACGUUUGCCAAGAACCGCAGGGCCGAGAGGGCCCUGACCGGCUGUGAAGGGGCCACGCUACCGCCGAGGAUCUGACGGAGAGGGCGGGUCGGGGCUUCCUGACGCGCCUUCACGUUCCCCCGCCCCCCCUCCUCCACCGGUGACCCAUGGGUUUUCCAUUUAUCGCCCUUUUCCGGGGCAAGAAAAAGUGGUGGCAGGGCCGGAAGCGCGGCAGCCCUCAGGUUCGAGACGACGGCGCCGUUUAAGGCAGAGCGAGCGUCCUGGUACCAUUGGAGCCGCUAGAUUCUUCACCCGGGCUCCGGCCCAAAUUGGAGAAAACCUACAAAGUUCUGGCGGCCUAUGGAAGGGCGCUGAGGGUCGCAAAGCAUAGGGUACCCAUCGGAAACGCAGAGCCUCCCAGGGCCACCGGAAGCCGCGCCCCUGGGCGGGGUCAGAAAGCCUCUGGGAGGAAAGAAGCGAAGCCCCGCCCCUGGGCGGGGUCAGACAGCCUCUGAGGGCCACCGGAAGCCGCGCCCCUGGGCGGGGUCAGACAGCCUCUGGGAGGAAAGAGGCGAAGCCCCGCCCCGCGGCGGAGCGCGCCUGCCAUGGCUGAGCCUCCGUGCUCCGGCCCCGCUGCCCUGCGCUUAGCUGCCGCCGCCAGCUGGAGGGCCGUGCGCGGACGCUACGUGGAAUACUUUCCGCGAGUGUUGGAGUUUCUGCGGUCCCUGCGCGCUGCUGCUCCCGGCUUGGUUCGCUACCGCCACCACGAGCGCCUGUGCAUGGGCCUAAAGGCCAAGGUGGUGGUGGAGCUGAUCCUCCAGGGCCGGCGUUGGGCCCACGUUCUGAAUUCCUUGUAUCUCCACUUUCCAGUGUCUGGACCUACUGUAGUGCGGGACCCCAAAGCUACAGAACAGGAUCUGAAGAUAAUCUCCGAGGCACAGGAAGCCUUUCGCCAGCAGGUGAAGCUGCUGGCAGAGGCCCCUGAGGAUUUGGAUUGGAAGUUGCUGGAACUUGAACAAGAGUACGGGGAGCCCUUUCUAGCUGCCAUGGAAAAGCUAUUUUUUGAAUACUUGUGUCGGCUGGAAAAAGCACUGCCUACCCCCCACACAGAGCAGCUUCAGGAUGUGCUGAGCUGGAUGCAGCCUGGGAUUUCUAUCACAUCUUCUUUUGCUUUGAGCCAAUAUAGUGUGGACAUGGGGUGGCCACUUCCAGAGUGCUCUGUGACUAAUUCAAUGAACAUGUCAGAGUCCAUGGAGCCCAGUCCUCCUCAGCAACCAAGACCAGCACUCCAUCAACCUGUGCCAAAAAGCAACUCCGGCCCACACCUUCCUCAGGGACCAGCCUCAAGAAAGCACCCAGAACCUUUGGCUGGCCACCACUUCAAUUUGGCUCCUCUAGGCCAGCGAAAAACCCAGGCCCAGUGGGCAUCCACGAGGGUAGGCCAUAAAGAGCACCCCACAGUCAUGCUAUUCCCCUUUAGGAAUCUGAGUUCACCAACCUAGGUCAUAUAUCAACAGAACAGGAAAGAACAAGGGACACACACAGCAGUUCCAGCAGGUGAUGUGGGCACGAAAGCAGCCUCCACUGGAAAGUCUAGGAGUCCAUCGCAGACCCUGGGUGGAAGGACUGUGAAGGAGAACCCAGCUGACUUGUCCGCCUCGGAGCAAAAGGCGAAUUGCUGGGACUGCUCCAUGGAGCCCCUGAGAUUAAGAGUACUUAAUUCUGGUUUCCUUCUUGCAGUGUGUCCUCCAUCUCUGUGCAGCCCUGUCAUGACCAGAGGGGACUUGGUUUUGGGCUCUGAUGAGGAGGAAAAUGGCCAGAGUGGAGGAAUGGAGUCUCUGGAAAACUAUGAGAAGACAAAUUUUGACACCCUAAUCCCCACCUUCUGUGAAUACCUCCCCUCUCAAAGUACCAGUGCCAUGUCUGCCCCUUCCCAUGACCAUGUAGACUCCUCUAAUAGGACCAGAAUGCCAUCUCAUCUUGCCUGUCUCCUUCCUCCUCACCUCUGCAGGCCAUUUGGUGGGGAUAAAGUGGAAGCCCAGCCUUGGGUUGCUUGACUCUGUGGCCCAAAUUACUUUGUAAUGCUUGAUCAUUAAACUUUGGAUUUGUUAAAA